CUUGACCUCACUAAACCCAUUGAAGAUCAGGGCCCUUUGGAUGUGAUCAUACAUAAACUGACAGAUGUCAUCCUUGAAGCAGACCAGAAUGACAGCCAGUCACUGGAGUUGGUUCACAGAUUCCAGGAGUAUAUUGAUGCUCAUCCAGAAACCAUUGUCCUGGACCCUCUCCCGGCUAUUCGUACACUUCUGGACCGAUCCAAGUCUUACGAGCUAAUUCGGCAAAUAGAGGCUUACAUGCAAGAUGAGAGGAUCUGUUCACCACCCUUUAUGGAGCUGACAAGUGCCUAUGGAGAAGAUACCUUGCAGCUUAUAGAGAAGAAUGGACUGGCAUUCCCAUUCAUUUGUAAAACCAGAGUGGCCCAUGGAACCAACUCUCAUGAGAUGGCCAUCAUCUUCAACCAGGAGGGCCUGAAAGCUGUUCGCCCGCCUUGCGUCAUUCAGAGCUUCAUCAAUCACAACGCUGUGCUGUAUAAAGUCUUCGUGGUCGGGGAGUCCUACACGGUGGUGAAGAGACCAUCUUUAAAGAACUUCUCUGCAGGAAUCUCAGACAGAGAAUCAAUAUUUUUCAACAGCCACAAUGUUUCCAAACCAGAAUCCUCAUCCGUCUUAACAGCACUGGAUAAAAUUGAAGGAGUGUUUGAGCGGCCAAACGACGAUGUCAUCCGGGAAAUCUCUAAGGCUUUGCGGCAAGCACUGGGAGUUUCCCUCUUUGGAAUCGAUAUCAUCAUUAACAAUCAGACUGGGCAGCAUGCAGUCAUUGAUAUAAAUGCAUUCCCAGGUUACGAGGGUGUGUCUGAAUUUUUCACAGAUCUCCUGAACCAUAUAGCUGCUGUCCUGCAGGGUCAGGUACCUGAGGUGACCCAGCUAAACCGCAGCAAGCUCCUGGCAGAGCAGAGCGGUGGGAUCAUGGACGAGAGGAUAUGCUGUGCUAGCACAGGCUGCCUCAGCGUCAUGGGAAAAGACUCCUCCUGGAUUGUGGAAAGUGAGACCAACAGCUCAGUAAAACUGCAACAUCAGAGACUAGGCUGCAACUCAGCAGUGUCCCCCAGCUUCCAGCAGCACUGCGUCGCUACGUUGGCAACAAAAGCUUCCUCUCAAUAACUUACCAAUGCCAUGGACUGAGAAAAAGCCACAGGGAUCCAAAUUGUGGUCCCACAACCAGAUCAGGCUGUAACAAUACAAUUGAGAAAAAAAAAAAGAAAAA